AUGAAGCUGCUGCGGCGCGCGUGGCGGCACCGGACGGCGCUGGGCCUGGGCGGCCUGGCACUGGGCGGCGUCGCGCUGCUCUACCUGGCGCGCUGCGCCGCGCCUCCCGACUCCGCGCUCUCCGGCCCCGCAGCACCGGCGCCCGUCCGCCCGGCGCGCGCCGCCGCCUUCCUGGCCGUGCUGGUGGCCAGCGCGCCGCGGGCGGCCGAGAGGCGCAGCGUGGUCCGCAGCACGUGGCUGGCGGCGCGGCGCGGCGGCCCCGGGGACGUGUGGGCGCGCUUCGCCGUGGGCACCAGCGGGCUGGGCGACGAGGAACGGCGUGCCCUGGAACGGGAGCAGGCUCAGCACGGCGACCUGCUGCUGCUGCCUGGGCUGCGUGACGCGUACGAGAACCUCACGGCCAAGGUGCUGGCCAUGCUGGCCUGGCUAGACGAGCACGUGGCCUUCGAGUUCGUGCUCAAGGCGGACGACGACUCGUUCGCACGCCUGGACGCGGUACUAGCCGAACUGCGCGCCCGUGACCCUGCCCGCCGCCGCCGCCUCUACUGGGGCUUCUUCUCUGGCCGUGGCCGUGUCCGGCCCGGGGGCCGCUGGCGUGAGGCCGCCUGGCAGCUGUGCGACUACUACCUACCCUACGCGCUUGGCGGCGGCUACGUUCUCUCUGCCGACCUGGUGCGCUACCUGCGCCUCAGCCGCGAGUACCUGCGUGCCUGGCACAGCGAAGACGUGUCGUUGGGCGCCUGGCUGGCGCCAGUGGACGUGCAGCGAGAGCACGACCCGCGCUUUGACACUGAGUACAAGUCCCGUGGCUGCAACAACCAGUACCUGGUGACACACAAGCAGAGCCUGGAGGACAUGCUGGAGAAACACCGGACGCUGACGCACGAGGGCCGCCUGUGCAAGCGCGAGGUGCAGCUGCGCUUGUCCUACGUCUAUGACUGGUCGGCACCGCCCUCACAGUGCUGUCAGAGGAAAGAGGGCAUCCCCUGAUGGCCGAGCCGGCCCGCGUGCCCACAGGACGCCAGGGUCUCAACCGCGCAAGGCGGUGCUGCAAGGCCUCCCGUCGGCCUUCCUCUAGCAAAGCUGACAGCUUCUGCAUGGUUCUUAGCAUGAGGCUGGCCCUCGAGAGGACCCAGUUUAUCUGGUGACAACGGGCUUCCGAGCAGAUGCCUCGCAGCGGUGGAUGACUCCUAAGCCCAGGAACCAGUCCAUGCCCACCCGAGAGCAUCUUGUUCUGGGUCUGGAACCAGCGUCGUGUCCGGGCAGAAAUGUCCUGUUUCUCGAUUCAAGUAUUUGGUCAGAUGAGGGCGUCCUCAUCAGGCAGCCCCAUGGGGCCUAUUCACUUACCUUCCUCUCCCAAGCUGGGGCCAAGGAGCCAGAGGGUGGAGCUGGAAGGACUUGGAGGACCUGACUCCAAAGAAAACUUCCCAAACCCGUUGGGGCAGUGGACAGUGUUAUGUCCUGAAGCCACUGUACUGACCGUCCACCUGCACCAAGGGCCAAGACCGCAUAAACUGGGCCCUGGCACUUGGAGACUCAAAGUGUGAUGCAACCCAACAGUUUUUAUCGAAGUUACUUCACCUUGUGCGGUUAGGUCAUCGCUUGCAUCUCCUGCUGGUAUUGUCGGUCACGUGUCAUCUAGUAUUUAAGUCCGUCGCGUGUGAAUCAGCUUUCAUGGUAUCUUGGUCUGUCUCUGGAGUGAAUUCGUGGUAUGUGUAGGGCAGAGCUUGCCUGUGAUUUAUUUAUAAAUUUUGUAACUUUUGAAUAGUUUUAAGUUGGGAGUGUAUGGGUGUCUGUAUGUUUUAAGUUAUUUAAGAAAAGACUUUUCUAUCAGAACUUGGAAUUUAUGGAUUAAUCUAUUUUUCCAGCUUGAGUUGUAGACCCCUUGCUGCUUGAGUGUUGAAACAUGGAAGAAUUCAAAAGUAUCUAUCUCUCUUCCGUUUUCAUGGAAGGUGACCCCACUGCCUCUCUCUAAAAACACUUCUCUUUCAGCCUUCCUCGUGGCUGCACAGGACAGGUGUUUCUGGAAGCACUGACAGGGUUUCCCAAAGUCAGUCUUGACACAGCCCUGCUGGGGUACAUCCCCUUGAGGGCAGCAGGUGUUCGCAGCCCCUUUGCAUAUACCUGAAGGUUGUUUUGCAGUUGCUCAGUUGUAUCUGACUUUGCGACCCUGUGGACUGCUGCAUGCCAGGCUUCCAUCUCCAUCACCAACUCCCAAAGCUUGCUCAAACCCAUGUCCAUCGAGCUGGCGAUGCCAUCCAACCAUCUCAUCCUCUGUCAUCCCUUUCUUCUCCCGCCUUCAAUCUUUCCCAGCAUCAGGGUCUUUUCCAAUGAGUCAGCUCUGUUCCUCCUU